CGCGAGGGCAAAGGGGUUUAAAGGUUUCUUAGAGAAGCUACGAAGCGAACAGCGGAAUCCAGAGAGUGGGAGAGAUCGUUUCUUCGACACUGUGGACGAAGAGAGAUUUCGAGAUUGCUCUCUUAGUGGUUUUCCGGCGGCGGAGUUGUUCCAGGAGUUUUCUGUCUUCAAUUAGGUGGUAUUCCAGUCGAUGGUCGCAGUGAGAAGAUUUUCACCAUGAACGGUAAUGGAUAUAGCAUAAUGGAGUCUGAGUAUAUAUGGAGACAUCACAGACAUGAAGCCAGAGAGAAUCAGUGCAGUUCUGAAGUCGUAAAACACAUCAAAGCUCCAGUUCAUCUCGUUUGGUCUUUGGUGAGGAGAUUUGAUCAACCGCAGAAGUAUAAACCAUUUGUCAGCAGGUGCGUUGCACAGGGAGACUUUGAGAUUGGCAGUGUUAGAGAAGUAAAUGUUAAAUCCGGACUCCCAGCCACAACCAGCACCGAAAGGCUUGAAUUGCUUGACGAUAACGAGCAUAUCCUCAGCAUCCGGAUUGUCGGCGGCGAUCACAGGCUAAGGAACUAUUCAUCAAUCAUUAGCCUUCAUCCAGAGAUCAUUGAUGGGAGACCGGCGACACUGGUGAUCGAGUCAUUUGUGGUGGACGUACCUGAUGGGAAUACCAAAGAUGAAACUUGCUACUUUGUCCAGGCCUUGAUUAAGUGCAACCUCAAAUCGUUGGCAGAUGUCUCUGAGCGACUAGCGGUGCAGGACCGAACCGAACCAAUACAUCCAAUCUAAUAAAUGGCGAUGGUAAGGUGGCAUGGGGUGGUGGAGGCUCCAAUCGCCAUGGAUGAAGCUUACGAGGCUUUUGGAUCUUGGAAGCUUUGGAGACAGACUGGUAGCAGCUUUUCUUCCAUCAGCAGGGAGACCUUGCUACCUAGUCUGCUUUUUAUAUUUUUUGUUAUCGUUUUUUCGUUUUAAAAGGAUAAUGGGGUUUCCUUUUGUCUCUUUAGUAUCGCAAGAACCACCUCUUGCUUC